ACAGUAAAUAUAUCGAUGACAAGCAAUAAAUUGGUUUUCGAGUCUGGCACCAUGCAUCCACUGCACGUUUUACUGAAUGGAUAUCGUUGGUGUCGUCGGGUGCUCCGCAUGACUGCCUUUGCCAACCUGACGUGGCUGUACAUCGGUGUGGCUGUGUGGGUUGGACUAAAAAAUGCCGGCAAAAACCACCACCAGCAACGCAAACCCAGGAAAAACAGUGAUUUAGGGGUCGUUAAAUCCGUCAAGAAGUUGCAGGUACCCUUAGAAGGUGUUCAAGACCGGAGUAAAAACAGGACAAACGCCAUGUCGAAGUCAAACGAGUGGAAAUCUUUGGCAGUGGAAGGAGGUGGCCGUUCGUCGUCGGGGUCUCUGUUGUCGAAUUUCGGUGCGGUCAAAGCAGGCGGAAUCAGUGCACUGCGAAUUAGGACCCGGGUCGUGGCCCUUGCGGUGAUCAUGUUCAUUUUAUUCCUCAUAUUCUUACUUUUUCCUAGUCCGAAAGGGACAAGCGGGAACUUCAGCACAAACCACAGUGGCUUGGGGAAGAACUAUUUUAUGUCAGCCUUGGGAAGCAGUCCUUACAAUAAAACUUAUCCGAUUACAGCGCCAGAGCGAACAUUAAUCGGAGUGCGAUAUCGAAUCGGGUUGAUUUCAGAUUUAGACACGGAUUCAAAAUCCGACUCUCAAAAGAACACGUGGGUGGGUUAUUAUCUGAAAGGCUAUUUGAGCAUAAACUCGUUACACGACCAAGUCAGCUUACAACUCGACAAAGAUCCCACUGCCUUGAAAUCGCAGCUUUCCAGAGGAGGAAGGGGGAUGGAACUUUCGGAGCUGGUGACGUUUAACGGCAAGCUGUACGCAGUGGACGAUCGCACCGGGGUCAUCUACGAGAUCGUCGAUAACGCUGUAAUUCCGUGGACCAUUCUGUCUGAUGGAGACGGCCGAAAUACUAAGGGUUUCAAAGGCGAAUGGAUGGCUGUACGAGAGCAGUCCCUGUUUGUCGGCGGCCUGGGCAAGGAAUGGACGACAACGUCCGGGGAGCUGGUCAACCUGAAUCCCCAGUGGGUCAAAGUGGUCAGUUCUCAGGGGGCUGUCCGGCAUGUCAGCUGGGUGAAAAACUACAACGCCAUGAGGAACGAGGCCGGAUAUCCCUAUCCAGGUUACAUGAUCCAUGAGUCUGGAGUGUGGAGCGACGUCCACCAGCGCUGGUUCUUCAUGCCCCGUCGUGCCAGCACCGAGCGCUACACCGAAGCCGACGAUGAACACCGGGCGACCAAUCUCCUCAUCUCAUGCAGCUUGGACUUCUCGGACGUCCGCAUCAACCGCAUCGGCGUCCUCAACAAGAUCCGCGGCUUCUCGUCGUUCAAGUUUGUGCCGGGUACCGGCGACACAGUGAUAGUGGCAUUGAAGACGGAAGAGGACCGGGGAAAGAUCGCCACGUACUACACCGUGUUUAACAUCAAUGGAAAGACGCUGGUUCCCGACACCAAAUUCGCGGAUAUCAAAUAUGAGGGGAUUGAGUUUAUUUGAAUGUCUCUUGCAAAUCGUGCUUUUUCUUAAACCCCGUUUGAAACUGCUUCUCUUAAAACGCGCCAAACCAAAGUAUUCGUAAGAUUUGAAAGUGUGAAACAGUUCGAGUACACGUCAAAUUUGUCGAGAGGUCGAAUGUUGCAGUUGUUUGGACUGACUUCACAAUCGAGGCAAUGAAAAAAUAUGCAUACAGUUCACCUAUCUUAAACUAAAAUCUAUUUGGAUCGAUUAAAGUCACGCUUAAUACUUUUUGACUCAGUGUGACUCCAAAAUGAAAGUUAGCGCGAUAUAAAUUAGAAAAUUUAAGGUUAAGCUUCAUCCCUUGAAUUGGCCUGAACUCAUUUCGGCAAACUGGGCAAGGAACUGUGCAUAAAUAUGACGUUAAAAAUUUUUUCCUCAUUGAAGGUUGUGACAAUCAUACAUUUUUGGGCCCGUAGUGUAAUCACGCUGUUGUACAAUUGCAAAAAAAAAAAAACCAGGAGUGCCUUAUUAGCUGUAGUGCCUUUUGUCUUUGUAUUAUAAAGUGCAAUGGAGAAGUUUUUGUUUGGCAAAAUUAAGACAGACUUUCUAAAGUAUUCUGUAUUCCAAUUGAGAGUGAAAAUGUUAAAAAAAAGUUUAGAAGACAGAUUUGCUGAAGUAACAUAUAAUUAGCUUGAAGUUAUUGGGAGAUAGAUGGAUAGGAAAGAAAAAGAGAGAAACCAAAAAAAAGCUGCAAACUUUUAGAAAUGCGGUACUGCAUUACUGUU